GAUAAAACAAUCGCAGUAGUCGCGAAAACGAGAUUUAAGUCGUCUAUAGGUUAGACGCAUAAAACAUUCGUCUCAACCAAAAUACUUCAACUGUUUCAACGAAAAUUUCAAUGACAAGUUCGUUGAUCAAUUCCCCAUCGGCGACUAAUGAUCCUCGAAUAUGAAUGUUGUUGAUGAGUAUCAGUUGAAUGUGUGGAAGGGAGACUGGGGCCUACCGUCUGUGGAUAUUCCGUGUCUGCAAGUUCUGGCCUAUGCUAAAUUCAGCGGAGUACCGCUGACAGUGAAUCCAACGAGCAAUCCCUUCAGAACUCCUCGUGGCCACUUACCGGUACUCAAAUGUGGGGUCAAUUCACUCGAUUCAAUCCAAGACAUCAUUCAAUUAUUUCGCAAACGGAAUUACAAUGCAGACUUCCAUUUAUCACCUAAACAAUGCUCCGAGGUUCUCGGUUAUGAGUACAUGCUCAAGGAGAGUCUGUAUCCAGCUGUUCAAUUUAUAUGGUGGAUCGACCAACGAAACUUCACCGAUUUCAUCCGCCCCUGGUACGCAAAAGCGAUACCAUUCCCCCUGAAUUUCUACUACCCCUCGAAAUACGAGAAACACGCACGUGCCAUGCUAGAAUCCCUCUUCCCGCACGAGGAAGUGACGAGUGCAAUCGAGAAUAAGAUAUACUCCGAGGCCCAGAAGUGCUUAAAUCUGCUGUCAACGAGGCUCGGUGAGGCUGACUACUUCUACGGCUCGCAGCCGACAUAUCUGGAUGCAAUAGUCUUCUCGUACUUGGCGCCAUUGUUGAAAGUACCACUGCCAAACCCAUCACUCCAGAAUCACCUCAAGGCAUGCACAAAUCUCGUCAAAUUCGUCUCACGCAUAUCCCAGAGAUACUUCGAGGCUGAUUAUCAGAAGUACGAGAAAAUCAAGUCCAAGGAGAAUGAAACGAGAUUGAGCAAGGACUCCGAUCCUGAAUUCCCCCAUAAAACGAGGAAUCAGAUAUUAGCUGGAAUUUUCGCUACAGUGGCCAUGGUCUCCUACGCUGUUUACACGGGUAUUGUUAAAUGAUUAAUGAAUUGUAUAUUUUAUAUUUUAUAGAAUAUUAUAUUAUUAUAAGAAACUGCAAGUGGGAGGAGAAGAUGUGGAAAAUUGAUGGUUUUUCAUAUUUUCUUCUUGGCACAGGGAUGUGAGGAUGUAUAAUAAAAGUUAUCAUUUGAAUAAUAGGUACAAUUUCUCGAUACCCAUGUACAUGUGCGGAAGAGAGGAGAUAUGAGAGUCGAUAUGAAGAGAGGGACACGUAAAUGAUGUUGUUGAAUGAUUUUCUAGGGUCUUCCCCAAUAGUCUGGAUUAAAAAAGUAAAUGAAAUACUGUUUUCUAUUCAAGUUAUUGAUAAGUACUAAGUUCAAAUUUUUUAAUGAGAUCAAAGUUUAACCAAAUUCAAUGUUAUCUUCAUUUGACAAAAAAAUAAGAUGUGGAAGAACUUCUUCAGCGUAAAUUGAGGUCGAAAAUCUGGGAAAUAAAUUAUUCUUUAUAUUUUUUUCUUGCUGAUAGAGAAAUGAGGGAUGAGGAUGUUUGAUAAAAGUUAUCAUUUCAACAAUAAGUACACUUUUUCAAUACCUGUGUACAAAUCCACAAGUGAGGAGAGGGGAUAUGAGAGUUGAUAUGAGGAGAGGGACACGAUGUUGUUGAAUGAUUUUCUAGGGUCUUUCCCCAUAUUCUGAAUUAAAAAAGUCAUGGAAAUGUUGUUUUCUGUUCUUCUUUGUUUCUAUUCAAUUUAUUGAUAAGUACUAAUUUCAAAUUUUUUAAUGAGAUCAAAGUUUAACCAAAUUCAAUAUCUUCAUUUGACAAAAAAAUAAGAUGUGGAAGAACUUCUUCAGCGUAAAUUGAGGUCGAAAAUCUGAGAAAUAAAUUAUUCUUCAUAUUUUUUUCUUGCUGAUAGAGAAAUGAGGGAUGAGGAUGUUUGAUAAAAGUUAUCAUUUCAACAAUAAGUACAAUUUUUCAAUACCUGUGUACAAAUCCACAAGUGAGGAGAGGGGAUAUGAGAGUUGAUAUGAGGAGAGGGACACGAUGUUGUUGAAUGAUUUUCUAGGGUCUUUCCCCAUAUUCUGAAUUAAAAAAGUCAUGGAAAUGUUGUUUUCUGUUCUUCUUUGUUUCUAUUCAAUUUAUUGAUAAGUACUAAUUUCAAAUUUUUUAAUGAGAUCAAAGUUUAACCAAAUUCAAUAUCUUCAUUUGACAAAAAAAUAAGAUGUGGAAGAACUUCUUCAGCGUAAAUUGAGGUCGAAAAUCUGAGAAAUAAAUUAUUCUUCAUAUUUUUUUCUUGCUGAUAGAGAAAUGAGGGAUGAGGAUGUUUGAUAAAAGUUAUCAUUUCAACAAUAAGUACAAUUUUUCAAUACCUGUGUACAAAUCCACAAGUGAGGAGAGGGGAUAUGAGAGUUGAUAUGAGGAGAGGGACACGUAAAUGAUGUUGUUGAAUGAUUUUCUAGGGUCUUUCCCCAUAUUCUGAAUUAAAAAAGUCAUUUAAAUAUUAUUUUCUGUUCUUCUUUGUUACUAUUCAAUUUAUUAAUAAGUACUAAGUUCAAAUUUUUUAAUGAGAUCAAAGUUUAACCAACUUCAAUGUUAUCUUUAUUUGACAAAAAAAAUAAGAUGUGUAAGAACUUCUUUAGCGUAAAUUGAGGUCGAAAAUCUGAGAAAUAAAUUAUUCUUCAUAUUUUUUUCUUGCUGAUAGAGAAAUGAGGGAUGAGGAUGUUUGAUAAAAGUUAUCAUUUCAACAAUAAGUACAAUUUUUCAAUACCUGUGUACAAAUCCACAAGUGAGGAGAGGGGAUAUGAGAGUUGAUAUGAGGAGAGGGACACGUAAAUGAUGUUGUUGAAUGAUUUUCUAGGGUCUUUCCCCAUAUUCUGAAUUAAAAAAGUCAUUUAAAUAUUA